GGUAAAUGGUUUAACUGAUUUCAUGAUCCAGGUGGAGAUUUGGCAGCCACAAUGUCAACGUAUCCUGUGCUGAAUGACCAGCCAAUUGACCAGUGGAAGGUCACGGAUCUGAAGGAUGAGCUCUGUAGGAGGAACCUACCUAUCAGCGGUUUGAAGGAAGAUCUUGUCAAAAGGCUCUUUGAGGACCUGCAGGGUGAUGUACUUGGCAGAGAAGGAACAGUUGAUGGAUCUUCCCCUGGUGAUGAUCUGAAAGUGGACAAAACAACUGCUUCUGCUGAUGCAUCUGUUUGCCAGGCUGUGAUGGAACCAAGCGUUGAUGAAAAUCCUUCUCGGGUUUCAACGCAAAGCGGGGAUCUUGUUGUUUCUGUUACAGAAGUUAGCAAGGAAAGUGAAGUUGCUACUGGAAAAUUUGUUGUUACUACUGAAGAAGUUAGUCAGAAACCUCUUGCUGCUGCUGCUGCUGCAGAAGUUAGUGAUGCCCCACUAGUUGAUGUGUUGACAACUAAUAAAAUUUCUCAAAGUGGUGCAGCGGCAACUAAACAAGAUGAUCUAGAAUCAGCGCCAUCUGACAGUACUAUGGUGAAGGAUGUACAUGAACAAGCUGGUGGUCAUAGUGAGUUUAUUGCAGAGAAGGCUCUAGAAGAAGAUGCUGCCAAGAAAACGAUUGUUGAUUAUCUAUUUGCCACUACUGAUGUCAAGUUGGAUGUGACUCCUGCUAAAGGCAAGUUAGACGACGACAUUCUAGAGCAUGAAGUGGUACCAUCACCUCCGGAUGCGAUUGUGCCUCAUGCUGACCAUUGGGAUCUUGAUGCUGUUGCACCUGCACUAGGACAUAAUGGUGAUGCCCUGAUUCCUAAGAUAAGUUCGGUUGACAGUGAUUUGAUGAACUGCAAGGAUCACGAAGAUUCUGGGCGCACAAGCAAUGCUUGCAAACUAACCAUACCUGGACCAAUAGACCAGACAGCUGGAACCUUGCCAGCGACAAUGCCGACAUAUCCUGUGCUAAAGAACCGACCAAUUGAUCAGUGGAAGGUCACAGAACUGAAGGAUGGUCUCUCUAAGAGGAACCUACCUAUCAAAGGUUUGAAAGACGAUCUUGUGAAAAGGCUCUUUAAGAACCUUGAGGGUGAUAUACUUGGUGGAUCUCCCUGCAGUUAUGAUCUCAAAGUGGACAGAACUCCUGGUUCUGCGGAUGCAUCUGUUUGCCAGGAUGUGAUCGAACAAAAUGUUGAUGAAGGUCCUUCUCAGGUUGCAACUCAGGAAGGAAGUUCCGACACUACUACAGAUGUUAGUGAGGAUGCUGUAGCUACUACCGAAGAAGUUAAUCAGACCACUCUUGUUGCUGCUACAGAUAGUGAUUCUCCUCUAGUUGAUUCUGCAACAGCUGAUACAAUUUCUCUAAGUGAUACAGUGGCAACUAAAAGAGAUGAUCUAGAAUCAGCUCCAAGUGAUGGUGCUAUAUUGAAGGGAGCAUCUCUAAAAGCUGAUUGCCAUAGUAAGAUAAUUGCAGAGAAGGCUCCAGAAGAAGGCACCGUCAAGGAAGCUAUUCUUGAUUAUGUACCAUAUGAUGUAGCCAGUGCUAAAGUUAAGUUGGAUGCAACCUCUGCUAAAGGCAAGUUAGACGCUGAUAUCGUAGAUAAGGAAGCACUAUUAUCACUUCCAGAUGCUAUCGCACUACAUACUGAUCACUUGGAUGUUCAUGCUACUGCAACUGCACCUGGCCAGAAUGCUGAGACUUUGAUUCCAAAGAUAGAUUCGGGUGACAAUGCUUUCAUGAGCAGCAAGGACCGCGAAGAUUCUGGGCACACAAAUGAUGCCUGCAAACCAUCCCUGUCAGGAACAAAGGACCAGGUCUCUGAGGCCAACCCUGAUGUAGGUUCUCAAAUCAAGUGUGUAUUGAUUUCGCAUGAGGAUAUAUCAACUAAUGUAAAGGGUGAUCUGAAUGCUGACAAUUCUGAUUUGGAACUAGAGGCUAAACGGGAUAUGGUCAAACCACAACCGUGCAGAAUUCCCUCCGUAGGUGAUGAUUUGCAGGCAUUGGACGAUGAAAAGCAGUUGUGUAAGAAGGGAACCCCAUUGCAAGAAAAAAGAUCUAUGACCAAUAUGGACUUGGACAAGAAAGAGGACAGUCCCAAUGGUGUUUCUCCUGAAAAAGUAAAUUUAGAGAGGACCUCAGGUAAUGAAUCGAUAGAGGAGGAUGCCAUGGAAAGUAAGCAUGUUAUUCCCAAUAUCAGAUCUGAUGAUGUUGGAAGAGAAAUUGAGGUUACCUCGGACCAUGAGGUAAAAGAGGUGGUGCUCUUUGAUACUGUUGAUUCAUCUGUGCAAACAAAGGAUAAUGUAGCCAAGGAGAAAUCAGUAGCUCCAUCUGAAAAGAGGAAACCGGAAGACCAAGUUGUUGCAGUUGACCCCAACAAACGUCAACGCCGUGUGGAUAGUGUCAAACUUCCUAAGGAACAAACAUCCACAAGCAGCUCUAUUUGUCCAAAGGGUGUGGUUCAGCCUGCUAUAAAACGUUCUUUUGGCAGGUCUGGUUCAGUGGCAAGUGGAGAUUCCCACAUAGAGCGGACAGUGCCACUUUCUCAGAAGCCUGCAACUACUUCCUUGAAAAUUGAUCGAUUUGUGCGUCCAUUUACUCUGAAAGCUGUGCAAGAGCUUCUUGGUAGAACUGGAUCUAUUUGCAGCUUUUGGAUGGAUCAUAUCAAGACUCACUGCUACGUUACAUACUCUUCAGUGGAUGAAGCCGUGGCUACCAGGAAUGCUGUUUACAACCUCCAAUGGCCCCUAAACAAUGGCAGUUACUUACUUGCCGAAUUUGUUGAUCCACGUGAGGUGAAGCUCAAACUUGAACACCCUCCUCCACCGCCAGCACCGAUCAGCCUCAGCAAAGAUACAACUCAACAGGCAGUAGGCUUCCAACAAUCAAAGCCUAACCAAACCAUCCUUCCCGAUGACGUGGGUGCCUUGAGGGGUCUGUUGCCUACUCCGCAACCUCUGAAGUUGUUUCCGGCCUCUAAGCCUCGGUCAGAUAGGGAUAUGCUUCCACCCCCUCCAAAGGAAGUUAAAGCACCUGCCAUGUCGCUUGCUGAUCUCUUCAAGCAGACACAGGCCUCUCCGAUGAUUUACUACCUGCCCUUGACAGAAGAGGAGGUGGCAGCCAAGCUCGCAGCACGCAGCAGGCGGAGGAAGAGAGGGUAGGGGGCU